CAGCAGGAAGAAGCUUCUCAAUAUUGAAUUGUUGAAGUCUUAUAUGCGCUCUACAAUGACAUAAGAGAGGUUUAACGAGUUAGCUAGAUUAGCAAUUGAGAAUAACUAUUUGGAUGAUGCAAAGAUAAAAGAGCUAAUAGAAGAUUUUUAUUUCAAAUAAGACUAGAUGGUUGUUACUUUUUAAACAAUGAUAGAUGAAUUUAUUCAUUUUGUUAUCACUUUCUGAACUUAAGUAUUUUUAUUAAGAUUUACUAAUUUUUAGUUUUAAUACAUUUAAGAGGAAAAUUUUUAGGGCCACAAUUUAAACUUUCGGGCAAAGACUUCGAAUAUCAUGGACCAACCCUGAUUAGGUGUGCAAGGUCUCACGCAACAAUGGAGAUAGUUAACAAGGAUUCUUACUCUGUAGUGUUGGUAACAAAUGCUCAAUAGUGUUUCAGAUUGCAUAAUCGUUUUCAGGUGGAGUUUGUUGUUUUGCGUGAUGCUCUCUAGUGGUGUCAUUCACUUGGUUUGUCUGGGGAGGAAUUUUACAGUGUUACAUAGCAUUGGUGCUAUAGGUUUUUACUUUUAUGGUACAACAUGAAAUUGUGCAUUUAACGUUAUGGUACAACUUUAUAUUAUACCUAUACUUUUUGUAAAAAUUCUUUUAUGGUACAACUUGAACUUGUACAUUUAUGUGAUGGUACAACUUCAGGUUGUAAAAUUAUACCAUAACAUAACGGUACAAAUUCCUUUAUGGUACAACCUAAAUUUAUACAUUUAUUGUUAUGGUACUACUUUAAAUUGUACAUUAAAUCACUAUAUAGCAUAGUGAUAUGGUUUAGGAGCAAAUACUAAGCACCAAUACUAAAUUUGCUACUAGUGCAUAAGGUUGACUUUUUUGUGAUUAUUAUUGGUACAUUGGUUAAAUAAACAAUACUAGUUUUUAUGGCUCGCGCGUUGCGCCGGGACUUGUGGUAUAUGUAGAUUACACAAUUACUACAUUAUGAGUACCAUGAUGUGUUCAUAUUUUUCAUAUUGCUAAUAGUCCAUACAAAGUAUUGUUAUAGUUAGUGUUCCGCUACGGAAUUGGAGGAUAUUUUUUUUUAAUAGUGAGUAUACUUUUUAUUAAUGGACAUCAUAAUAAAAUUUUAUUAUCAACAUAGAUAAUUCAUAUGUUUGAUAAUAAUGGGAAAUUGAAAUACCAAAUAUUGGAUAAUAUAGAUAUGAUUUAUAGUGAAAGGAUUGUCCUGAUGAAGUCUUGGGGCCACAAAUCGUUGAGUGGAAUGUAAGCAUAUAGAUUCUAUGAAUAACAUAUCCCAGGCUCCUAUCAUUAAAGGUGAAGAUUACAUGAAAAGUAAGAGGCCUUGUUAAUUUGGCAUUAAUUAACCAUCGACACAUUCCAACUUCCAGAUAAAUCAAGGGUCAUUUAUAAAUUAAGGGAAGAAUCUUGGGUUAAUUGCAAGGUUGGUCACUAGGAUUACAAAAAACGUUCAUGUUUAGUCAUUACAAAUAUUUAAUUUCAUUCGUGGUCACUAUAAUUAAUUAACCGUCCAAGUUUGGUCACUCUCUGUUACCUUCCGUUAGUUUUCGUUAAUGUCGUCAGUUUUUUGCUGACGUGGCUAACAGAAGUGCCUAAUCAGCUAAUUUAAAGAAGAAAAAAACAAAAAACCACCUACCACGUCAUUUUAGUUAAUCAAACAUAAGUUACCCAACCCAAUCCAACCCAACCCUUGACCUGACCCUUCCUCUUCUUUCUCUAAUUGACCCAGCUGGAAUAAAUCCCUAAUCGGCAGAUUCCCAAACCACAAAUCAGAUUUCCACGCGACGCCACCUCUCCGACGGUGGCUUCUUCUUCUUCCUUGCCUUGAACGACCUCUGUCCCACCAGACCCACUCCAUUUCUUCUCCACCUUCUGGUGUCGCUGAAUGAAAUCGACGGAAGGAGCUACAACCAGCGGAGGUAACAAGGGAUGGCAGAGCGAGAGUUGCGUUGUUGUUUCCUCUACCCCCGUGGUGAUUCAAAAAUUGGAUUUUGCACGAGAAAGGGGAUGGAGGGACUGCGGUUGCUCUGUUCUAGGAAGGGGAGGAAGGUUAAUUGCAGUAGGAGACGGCGGCCAUGAGUUCGGCGAAAUGGAUCUGAGUUCGUGCUUCGCAAACGCGCCGCGGCUGGAGAGGAUUAUAGCGUGGAAGUCGAAUUUGGAGCAUAUUUUGGUGACCAUGUGGAGAUGGGAAUCGUCUUCGGAGUCGGCGUGGAGCUAGACGAGGUGAGGAUUUGAGUUGGGUCCAUUUCUGCUAUCCAUCCGUCUCUUUCUCUUUUUGCUUUCCCACACGUUUCUUGUCUCUCUGUGGAUGUGACUGUCCGACGAAGAUGGCGAGGAAUUCAUAAUUAGUUCCCCUUCUCCCUCCCCCCUCUCCAUUAUUCAUCUCUUCCUCUUCUCCACAGUUUCAGUGUUGUGGGGUUUUUUUUUCUUUGGUUCCUCUCAAAUAAUGACGGUGUAUCAGUCGAAUCGACUCCGUAAGGACGGAGCCUUGAUGGGUCUUGAUGUGGGUGUUGGAGGGCAAGUCCUAGAUCUGGAAACCGCCGUCAAAGACGGCAUUCUCGGAGGCGGCGGAGGAAUCGGAGUCGGCGGCGGUUGUGGGUUAAUUAGCACGGCCACGACAGAGAAAUUAGAUCUGAAGAAAAUGAUUGAAGAGCUGGAAGGGUCAAUAGUGGGGUUGGGCGGGUUCGGUUAUCUGAUGUGACUGCUUACUGACGUGGAGCCGUGGAGGUUUGUUUUUUAUUUUUUAUUUGUUAAAAUUGGGUGACUAGGCAUUUCCGUUAGCCACAUAAGCAAAAAUCUGACGGAGACUAACGGAAGGUAACGGAGAGUGACCAAACUUGGAUUGUUUGAUUAAUUAUAGUGAUCACGAAUAGAAUUAAAUAUUUGUA